UUGCUCGUAAUAUUACACAGAAGGCUGUUCAAUUUCACAGAUGGGAUGUUCUUAAAAAGCUACAAAAUAUAUUGGUAGAUAUACAAAAGGAUGAACUAUUAGAUAGUAAUAGUAGUGAUGAGAAUAAUGAUAGUGACAAAGAGAACAAUAAAUUAGGUAGUGCAUUUCUUCAAAAUCCCAAAAAACGAAAAGCAAAAGGGCAUCCAAAAAGUUCCAAAAGGAUUAAACGAUCAGAAGAAUUAAAUCAAACUAAACAGCAAAAUCAGUGUGGCAAUUGUGGUGAGUAUGGGCAUUAUAGACCUAAAUGUCCUAAGAAAUGA